GCAAUUACUCCAGUAUAUAUAUGAAUUGGUACACAAACCACCAUGCAAACAACCAACCCUGAAAUUCUGAACAUCGAUCGAGUGGCCCAGCCAAUUCCCCGAGGCAUGGCACGCCGUCGUCUUCACCAUGGCCUCCAACUCGUGUGCCUCGUCGCCGUCGUGUUGACGGCCGCCCCAGCUGCCCAUGCAAUCUUCCAUUUCGACAUCCGUUUCGACGCAGGCAGCCCGUUCUUCGGCGGCGGCCACUCCAGGCAUGACAUGUGGCGCCGCGCCGCCCUCGAGAGCAACGCCAGGCUGUCCAGGAGGCUCGCCAGGGCCCUCGGCAACAAGCAGAGCGGGGCCGCCGCCGACGCCAUCGUGGAGCCCGACGUGACCCUCUCCCAGUACACCCAGCAGGGCCACUCCCUGACCGUGGGCGUGGGCACGCCGCCGCAGCCCAGCAAGGUGAUCCUCGACCUUGGCAGCGACCUCCUCUGGACGCAGUGCAGUCUGGUGGGCCCCACGGCGAAGCAGCUGGAGCCCGUUUUCGACGCCGCCAGGUCGUCCUCCUUCUCCGUCCUGCCCUGCAGCAGCAAGCCGUGCCAGGAGGGCACGUUCACCAACAAGACCUGCACCGACAGCAGGUGCGCGUACGAGAACGACUACGGCAUCAUGACGUCCACCGGCGUGCUCGCGACCGAGACGUUCACCUUCGGGGCCCACCAAAACUUCUCCGCCAACCUCACCUUCGGCUGCGGCAAGCUCACCAACGGCACCAUAGCCGGGGCGUCGGGCAUCAUGGGCGUCUCUCCGGGACCCCUGUCCGUGCUGAAGCAGCUGUCCAUCACCAAGUUCUCCUACUGCCUCACCCCAUUCACGGACCACAAGACCAGCCCGGUGAUGUUCGGCGCCAUGGCCGACCUGGGCAAGUACAAAACCACGGGGAAGGUGCAGACGAUCCCGCUGCUGAAGAACCCGGUGGAGGACAUCUACUACUACGUGCCCAUGGUGGGUAUCUCCAUCGGGAGCAAGCGGCUCGACGUGCCGGAGGCCAUCCUCGCGCUGAGGCCCGACGGCACCGGCGGCACGGUGCUAGACUCGGCGACCACGCUGGCAUACCUCGUGGAGCCGGCUUUCAAGGAGCUGAAGAAGGCCGUCAUGGAAGGCAUGAAGCUGCCGGCGGCGAACAGGAGCAUCGACGACUACCCUGUGUGCUUCGAGCUGCCGCGUGGCAUGUCCAUGGAAGGGGUGCAGGUGCCGCCUCUCGUGCUGCACUUCGCCGGCGACGCGGAGAUGUCGCUCCCGCGGGACAGCUACUUCCAAGAGCCGAGCCCCGGGAUGAUGUGCCUGGCGGUGAUGCAGGCGCCAUUUGAAGGCGCCCCCAAUGUCAUCGGCAACGUGCAGCAGCAGAACAUGCAUGUGCUCUACGACCUGGGCAACCGCAAGUUCUCCUAUGCGCCCACCAAGUGUGACAGCAUUUGAGAUGCUACUUAUCACAUGCAUGCAACGCAACUAGUACCAUGCAAACAUAAUUUUCGGGUGUUUUAUUUGUGUGUCUAUCUUCAAAAUUCAGAGGCCCAGAUAAUUUCUAUAGUCGACUAAUUAUUUCAUCAAGAAAUAAUUUUUUUUGUAGGGUAGACAUGCAUUUUGUAGUGGACAAUGUAUAAAAACAAAAUUGAAGAGUUAAGAAAUCAUAAGUAAUUUCAUACUUGCUCCGUGGCCUUCUAUUGUUA